UAACGUUGGUAGUAGUUGAAGACCAGGUGAAUAAUACCCUAUUGCACCUAUCUAGCAAAAUACCAUUUUUAUUUUUGUUGCAAAUGGCGUUUUUAAUGGAGCCAUUGUUAUGUUUAAGGCGCAGCUAAUAUAAAGACGUUGAUGUUUCCCCGUGCCUGGGUUUAAGUAGCUGAGAACCGGAGGGAUUCAGUCAAGGAGCCUCGGAGGCCGGACUUUGUUGCGGUAGGUAUGGAGGCGGACGCAGAUUUGGGCUCGGCUCUGGACAUGGAGCUGGGGCCCGAGCUGGAGGAGGAGCUCGGCGUUUCUCUGGAUGAGCUGCGCAGGUGGAUCGAGGAGCAGGUGGACAGCAGCGAGGUCGUGCUGCACCGGAAGGCCCAGUUAGCCGAAAUGCAGAACUGGGUCGAGCAGAAAGAAAAGGACAUGGCCAGUAUGGACACACUCUGCUCCAGCGCAUCAGAGUCUGUAAUACAGUGUGAAGUUCUAGUGAAAGAGCUGUACAGUAACAUAGGCCUGGAGUAUCGGGAGAGCAGCUCUGAAGACGAAGGAGUAGGAGGCGGCAACGCUUCCGAGGUCAUCGAAAUUGAUGACGACGAAGACGACGAUGACGAUGACGAAGACGACGAUGACGACGAUGAUGUCAUUGCCGUGGGCUGUGUGGUUCCACCAAAUAAGAACGUAACGCCAGUCAAAGACUCGCUUAUGGAAGCAUCAGCUGCACUUCAGAGAUCCACGCAGCAGGUGCAGAACCUGAUGCAGACAGUCGGUAAGCCAACGCCGUCCACGGCGAUCACGCCCACUAAAGGACUGGCCCCUCCCUCUCCGUCCCGGGGCUCCAUGCUGAACAUUCCAGCAGUGUUCAUGUCCUCCGGCCCUGUACACGCACCCACUCAACCAAAUCCAGCUCUAAAGCAGGAUGUCAUGAGGCUAAACAUGAGCAUUCUGGGUAAAAAACGCACCAAGACCUGGCACCGUGGAACUCUGAUCGCUAUUAACUCAGUGGGCAACGGCUUUAAGUACAAGGUGAAGUUUGAGAAUAAAGGGAAAAGCCUGCUGUCUGGGAACCACGUGGCGUUCGACUAUCACCCAACACUGGAGAGGCUCUACGUUGGUGCUCGUGUUGUUGCCAAAUAUAAAGAUGGCAACCAGGUGUGGCUGUACGCUGGCAUUGUUGCUGAAAUGCCCAACAGCAAGAACCGUAUGAGGUUCCUGAUCUUUUUUGAUGAUGGCUAUGCUUCUUAUGUAGCCCUGCCAGAUCUCUACCCUGUUUGCAGACCCUUGCAGAAGACGUGGGAGGAUAUUGAGGACGAGUCCUGUAGGGAUUUCAUUGAGGAGUACAUCACGGCAUACCCGAACAGACCCAUGGUGCUGCUGAAGCCGGGUCAGAUCAUCAAAACCGAGUGGGAAGGGACAUGGUGGAGGAGCCGUGUGGAGGAAGUGGACGGCAGCCUCGUCAAAAUGCUCUUCCUGGAUGAUAAGCGCAGUGAGUGGAUCUAUCGUGGCUCGACUCGCCUGGAGCCCAUGUUCAACCUAAAAAUGAGCACAGCCAGCAACCAGGAGAAAAAGCUGGCCGGCCAGCAGCGCGUGCGGCCCAACAUGGGAGCUAUGAGGGUUAAAGGCCCUGUGGUGCAGUACACUAACGAAAACAAUAUUCUAGCCAACCGCUCCGCAGUCACCCAGACUACACCACCACGGCCACAGAUUACUGUUCCCUCCCAGCCCGUCCGCACUGAGACUCAGAUGGCUAAGAAGAGUACGUCCCCUUAUGUCCCUGCCGCUCGUCAGAUUGUUACCACUGACCUCCAGCUCAAACCUGUCGGCAUCCUUCCCCAAGCCACCAGCUCCAGACUCUUCUUCCUGCAGUCAGGGCCAGUGCAGACCCUGACACCCAUCGCUCCGGCUCCCCAAACCUUGCCACCUACCAUAACUGCCAUGCCUGCCAUGCCUGCCAUAUCUACCAUAUCUACCAUAGCUCCCUAUGCGGGCGAGCGUAUUCCUCAGGAGCCGUCCUAUCAGGCCCCUAAUGAUCGCCUUUUCUAUAUGAUGCACACCUGCACACCUGAGUGUCUGAAGCGCAUCCGGCCCACGCGACCCAACCUCCACCGGGGCCGAAACCCGCUCCUCACCCCACUUCUGUACGAGUUCCGCCGCAUGACCGCGCGCCGCCGCCUGAACCGCAAGAUGUCCUUCCAUGUGAUCUACAAGUCCCCAUGUGGCCUGAGCCUGAGGAACAUGGCGGAGAUCCAGCGCUACCUCUUCCAAACACACUGUGACUUCAUCUUCCUGGAGAUGUUCUGUCUGGACCCAUACGUCCUGGUGGACCGCCGCUUCCAGCCACAGAGGCCCUUCUAUUUCAUCCGGGACAUCACAAGUGGACGCGAGGACAUUCCGCUGUCCUGCGUCAAUGAGAUCGACAACACUCCGCCACCCAGCGUGGCUUACAGCAAAGAGCGCAUCCCCGAGGACGGCGUCUUCAUCAACACUAGCGUCGAAUUCCUGGUGGGCUGUGACUGCACCGACGGCUGCCAGGACAAGUCAAAGUGUUCAUGCCACCAACUGACCCUGCAGGCCACGGGGUGUACGCCCGGUGCACAGAUCAAUCCCAAUGCUGGCUACAAUUACAAGAGGCUGGAUGAGUGCUUACCUACUGGGAUAUACGAGUGUAACAAGCAGUGCCGCUGUAAUCCUCAGAUGUGCUCGAACCGCUUGGUGCAGCACGGCCUCCAAGUGCGCCUGCAGCUCUUUAAGACCCAGAACAAGGGCUGGGGCAUCCGCUGCCUCGAUGAUGUGGCCAAAGGCUCUUUUGUCUGCAUCUAUGCAGGGAAAAUCCUUACGGACGACUUUGCAGACAAGGAGGGCUUGGAGAUGGGUGAUGAGUACUUUGCUAACCUGGACCAUAUCGAGAGCGUGGAGAACUUUAAGGAGGGUUAUGAGAGCGAGGCACACUGCUCGGACAGCGAGGGCAGCGGCGUAGACAUGAGUCGGGUCAAAAUGGCUUCGUCCCAGCAGGGCAAAAACGGCCCCAAGACAGAGGACCGCAACAUCCGCAGCAAAGGCCAAGACUCUUCUGAUGAGGGGGAGAGCGAUGAUGAAAAGGACGAGUCAAACGGUGAUGAGAGCGAUAGCUCCGAUGACACUUUCGUGAAGGACACGUACUUUUCCUCCAGCUCAGUGUGGAGGAGCUACACGACACGGCGACAGGCCAAGGGCAUGAAGGAAGAGAGUCAGGACAGUAAGGAUGGUCUGAGCAUGUCCGCCGGAGGAACAGAGGACAGGAAGCCACCCCCUGUGCCAGAGGAGUGUGGGAAGAGUAAAGUAGCCUCAUGGCUGACCAGCCAGUCCUCCUCCACCGGAGCACCGAAUGUCAAAAUAGAGGGAGGGCAGAAGACGGAGAAGAAGGAGGUGAUGACCCUCUCCGACAGCGACGAUGUGCAAACGAUCAGCUCUGGUUCUGACGACAACAAAGAGCGUGAAAAGAAGACUCAGGCUGUGGUGAAGAGGCAGGUGGCUGUGAAAUCGACGCGAGGCAUUGCUUUAAAGUCCUCGCAUGGCAUGAUGGUGAAAACAGGAGGUGGUGGAGGUGGGGGCUCGGGAGCCCAUCAUAGCCAAGGAGGCAUUACCCUAGACAAUGGUUCCAAAAGCACACGGCAGUUCUUUGAUGGGGAGGAGUCAUGUUACAUCAUUGAUGCCAAACUGGAGGGCAACCUUGGACGCUACCUCAAUCAUAGCUGCAGUCCUAACCUGUUCGUCCAGAACGUGUUCGUAGACACUCAUGACUUGCGAUUUCCGUGGGUUGCCUUCUUCGCCAGCAAGAGAAUCCGUGCAGGAACAGAGCUGACGUGGGAUUAUAAUUAUGAGGUUGGCAGUGUGGAAGGAAAAGAGCUUCUCUGCUGCUGUGGUUCCACCGAAUGCCGAGGACGACUGCUCUAACACGCACAAACAGACACGUUUACAGAUUAUUUUCAUUCAGACCCACAUCUAGUCUCUGCGUUUGCUGUUUUUAGGAAGCUAUAUAUUUGUCGUUCGAGGACAUCGAGUAAACCGAUUGUGUAUGAAACAUGAAAAAUGACGGAAAAUGUCAGGUGCUCUCUGUAGUUGCAAGAUCUGUCCACCCUUAUUUCCAUCCUUCCAACAUGAAGCUCUGCCUUAAAUCCCCCAAAAAAAGGCCACACUAAGUUGAUCAUACAUAAUAUCAUUAUUUCCUGCAUUUCAUACAUUUCUGUGAAACGCCCCUUCUCCAGGCUUUAUUCUCUUCUCCCUGAUCUCUUUUAGCUUCUGAAUUAGUUCUAAAUGAACUGAACUUUUACUUGUGUUUUUUUGCUUCGCAAUUUUUAUAAGCCACCCUGUUUCGCGUCGUCUGUAUAUUCUGUAUUUGUCGUGUUUGUAAGGACAGACCACACUGUACUGCGCAACAUAAUAAUAAAUUUUGUUCAGAA